AUGACAUUGGAUAAACCGAUAGCUGUGGUUAAAUAUGUUGAUAUGCCAGUGGAAAUGCAACAAGAUGCUGUUGAUCUAUGCUAUCAAGGUAUGGAAAAUUUUAAAGAAGAAUGUCGAAUUGCACAAUAUUGUAAAAUUGAAUUUGAACGUAUGCAUGGAAAUCGUUGGCAUUGUAUUGUAGGUAAAUCAUUUGGUAGUUACACUUCACAUGAAGAAGGUGGAUUUAUAUAUUUUCAUUUAGCAGGAUAUUAUGUGAUACUAUUUAAAGCAGGUUAA